GUAUCAUCCUCGCCUGCCGCCGCACCUCUGCCUCGCCGCCGCGACUGCCGCCGCUCCUGCCGCCAUGGCUGCUGCUCGCCUGCGGCGGCGCCUCUCGCCCAGCAUGCCGGCGCCGCGCGUGACCGAGUCAUUCGUCGUGCUCGGCACGCCGCUGCCGCCGCUCGACUCGCGCCGCGCCGACCCCAACGAGGGGCGCCCGCUGUGGGAGCAGGAGGUGCGCGACGAGCAGGGCCGCCGCCGCCUGCACGGCGCCUUCACCGGCGGCUUCUCGGCGGGCUACUACAACACCGUCGGCAGCCGCGAGGGCUGGACGCCGCAGCAGUUCCGCAGCAGCCGCCGCGAUGGCGACCGUGCCGGCGCCGCCGCGCGCCCGCAGCAGACGGCCGAGGACUUCAUGGACGACGAGGACCGCGAGGCGCUGCGCGGACAGCUUGUCGUGGCGCACUCCUACGGCGGCGCAGCGGCUGCGCCGCAGGAACGUGGCGCCGCGUACGACCCGCUGCUCGGCGCACUCGGCCUGCCGCCGACGGCGACGGGCAGCGACGGCGGUCUGGCGGCUGGCAGCUCGAGCGAUGGUGUCGUAGCGGCGCGCUCGGCGUUGGGCGAGCGCCUGCUGACGCGCAUGGGCUGGACAGCCGGCUCAGGGCUGGGGCCACGCGUGUCGCCCGCACGGCACGCCGCACUGGUGCAGCUUGCGGGCCUGCCGCGGACCGCAGCGCUGCAGCUCGACGAGGGAGCACGCAUCGCUGCGGCGACACAUGGCGUGCCGCCGCCCGACAGCCGCCUCAUUGCCGCCGAUGCCUGGUCGGGCCGCCGAGGACUAGGCGCGGCACCAGCCCAGCCUGCUCUGGAGGGCCUGCGCGACGGGCCGCAGCACCUGCUUGGCAAGGGCAAGGUAGUCAUGCGCGACGACCGCGGAGGUGGCUUCGGCCUUGGUGCGCUGGAAGAGGACUCGGACGGCGAAGACGAGAUGUACGCAGCAAGAGACUCGAUCCACUCCUCCACACUCGGACAGACGCAGCCCCGGCGCUCGGUGCCUGGCGACAAGGCGCGAGCAGCCGGGCAACGGGCGCCCGACGUGCAAGCGCGCAGCGACACCGACAAUCGCUGGUCCGACGGAUCUUUCGUGCUGAAGGGCUUCCGGGUCGUAGACUCGAUGCGAGGCAGGGAGGAGCAUCUGUAUGCGCCGCCAAGCGUGCCGAAGGACUGGUCUCCCGACCCGCAGCGCGUGUGGGCCGUCGAUGCUGCAGGCGCCGCUAAGCCUGAUGCCGGCGCUGUCCAGGGCGCACCGCCGACGGAAGGUGUCGCGCCUCCGGCCGCGCCAGGUGCACUGCGACCGGACGAUCGCGCAUCGAUCUUGGGCGAAGCUCGGAUCCCUGGUCCGCCGCCGUCUAUCAUGAACUAUCUCUCUGCCAAGGACAGAGAACGGCUGCAGCGCGUCAAGGCAGAAUCAGCAGCCGGGCUUGCUGGACCUGCCGCUGUACGGCCACCGUCUCCGGAGCCGUUCGCGGCGCUCGAAGUGCCAUUCCUCGAUCGCGUCACGGCAAACGCAGCGCUGCGAGGCUACAUGCCUUUCGCCGACAAUCCUGCCAAGCAAGAGCGCUAUCGCAGCUACCUCUCGGCGCAGGCCAACCCUGCUGAAGCCCAGCCGCUCACAGCGCCGCCCGGCCAGGGCGUGGAAGCCAGCAAUGCGGAGCUGCGCGAGUUCAACAAGUCUGCCGGCAUCUUCAGGCCGAUGAGCGUGGCCAUGUCGAGCCGCUUCACCUCUUCCUCAAGCGCGCCAUCCGGUGUCCCAGCGACGGAUGCACCCAUCGUGGCUGGCGGCCUCUAUCAACCGACGCCAAAGCCUCCGACGGAGCGGGCUGAUCUACGCAAGCCCGCGCCGGAGCCCGAGGAGACGGAGAUCCUGUCCGACGCUCAGCAGGCGGCCAGAUCUGGCAUGUUCGGCGCGCUCACUCGGUCAACGAGCAGCUGGGCCCCCGAGAAGUUGCUGUGCAAGCGCUUCGGCGUGCCUCCGCCGAGCAGUACGUUGCACGACGCCUCCGCCGGCACCAGCGCGUCCAGCGGCGUCAACGCACAUUGGGAAGCCAAUCGCCACGAGCUCGAGCAGAUGGCCAAGGGUCGGGCUUGGACGAGCGGCGCGGCUGACCCUGUGGCGCCGACCGCCUUGCCGACAGCCUUCGGCGCUGCUCCAGCAAGCGCUGGCCCGACAGCACAUGCGAGCGGCAGUGGCCAAUCAGAGCCAGCCAAGGCCGCAGCGCGCUCUCUCGAGACAGUCGGCUUGGGCGAAGACGAGAACCAAGGCCGCGAGACGCUGACCUACGUGCGGCCGCCGAUCGACAUCUUCAAGGCCGUCUUUGCCUCGGACGACGAGGAGGACGGCGACGAGGCGCCAGUGCGACCGCUGGCGGCCAAAGCAGCAGCGCCGGCCGCCCCUCGAAGCGCAGCCGCGCCACAGCAGCCUGCAGUGGACAUUGCACCGCGGGCUGGGCCAGACGCAUCGGACCCGUCGAACGCCUUCCGGCCUGCCUUCGUACCACGUGCCAAGCGCACGGCCGUCGGCGCAGGGUCGGGCAGCGACGAGGACUCGAAGGCGGGCAAGCAGGGCGCGGACGCCAAGCGCGAGAAGAAGCGCAAGAAGGACAAGGACAAGCGGCCAAAGGGCAUGCUCACCUUCAGCGUCGACGACGAAUGAACGCAUGCUCGCUAAGCGUCGGGCAUGCAAGGGGGAGGCGUGAGACUAGAGAUUCAUGCGCGGCAGUGUGACUAAUGAGAGGCGGUGUGUGUGUGGUGUCGGAUGGACCCUAUGUCGUUCGAGGCGGGCGCCGCGCGCCUAUGCGAGGUAGUUGUACACGUUCAUCUGGCCCUCGGCGCGCUCG